AUGGCGAAGAAGGACGUUAAUUCUGAGGAGGAAGUGAAGAACAAGCAGGUGAUACUUAGGGACUAUGUCACUGGUCAUCCUAAAGAAUCUGACUUUUACAUAACUACAAGUACCAUCAAGCUCCAGAUUCCUCCUGGAUCUAAUGCAGUUCUGGUCAAGAAUCUGUUCCUUUCUGUUGAUCCCACCAUGCAGUUCCGACUGAGGACGGUGCGACACAAACACCUUGAUGGAUAUCAAUAUUAUGCCCCUGGCUCACCUAUAAAUGGGUUUGGAGUGGCUAAAGUUAUGGAUUCAGGUGAUCCAAACUUCAGGGUUGGUGAUCUGGUUUGGGGAACAACUGGUUGGGAAGAAUAUAGUCUCAUUCAACAACCACAAAAACUCUUCAGAAUCCAGCAUACUGAUGUGCCUCUUUCCUUCUACACCGGAAUUCUUGGUAUGGCUGGUAUUACUGCCUAUUCUGCAGUCUAUGAAGUUUGUACUCCAAAGAUAGGAGACAGAAUCUUUGUCACAGCAGCAUCAGGAGCAGUUGGUCAGUUGAUUGGACAAUAUUGCAAGUUGAUGGGUUGUUAUGUAGUUGGGAGUGCCGGCAGUCAAGAAAAGGUUGAUCUGCUGAAGAACAAGCUUGGGUUUGAUGAUGCUUUCAAUUACAAGGAAGAGCCUGACUUGGAUGCUGCCUUGAAAAGGUAUUUCCCAGAAGGAAUAGACAUCUGUUAUGAGCAAGUUGGUGGCAAAAUGCUUGAUGCAGUGCUGGGGAACAUGAAAGUGCAUGGCUGUGUCACUUUGUGUGGGAUGAUUUCACAGUACAACAUUGCUGAGCCCGAAAACCUAAAGAAUGUGAUGCAGAUUAUUGUCAGAAGGCUAACUGUGAAAGGAUUCUCACACAGAGAUCACCACCAUCUCUAUCCAAAGCUCUUAGACACUGUGCUUCCUUACAUCAGAGAGAAGAAGGUUGUGUAUGUUGAAGACAUUGCCCAAGGACUUGAGAAUGGCCCAGCUGCCCUUAUUGGCCUCUUCACUGGAAGAAACUUUGGGAAACAAGUUCUUGAAGUUUCUCGUGAAUGA